AUGUGCUGUAUGUGGGAUGCUGCGCGUCUGCGCUCCGAACAAUACAGCGAAAGCCAAUGGGACGACAAUAUGGACUGUAUCAUUCAUAAUUACCCCGGUAUAUAGCAUGCAUUUUAUUUGCUAGACUGCGGGAAAAAAUGUGGAUACCGACCGAACACGAAAAAUAUGGCGUUGUGCUGGCAAACUUUCGUGGAACGGUUCAGCAUGGACUGCCCCUGGAGAUCGGAGAGACGGUGCAGAUUUUGGAGAAGUGUGAAGGAUGGUACAGAGGAUUCGUACUGAAGAAUCCAAAUGUCAAGGGAAUAUUCCCGUGCAGCUACAUCCAUUUGAAACAUGCACACAUUAAGAACAAAGGGCAGUUUGAGACAGUCAUCCCCAUGGAGGAGUCGGUCAUUACAGAGAUGACGGUGACUCUGCGAGACUGGGGCACCAUGUGGAAGCAGCUCUAUGUGAAGAAUGAGGGGGAACUGUUCCACAGGCUCUGGCACGUGAUGACUGAGAUCCUGGAGCUCAGACGGCAGGUUCUCGUGGGUCACUUGACCAAUGACCGCAUGACUGACAUCAAACAGCACAUCAUAGCACGGCUGGACUGGGGCAAUGAGCAGCUGGGUUUGGACCUGGUCCCCAGGAGGGAUUUCAGCAUGGUGGACCCAGACGAAAUCAGUGUCACUGAGCUCUAUCGGCUGAUGGAGCGACGGCACCGUAAGCGAGAGUUUCCUCUACAGGCCAACAUGCACCACCUCUUCCUGCAAAUCAACAGCCUGCUGAACUGCAACCUGGCUGAGGAGCUCCACGUCUUCUUCUUCAUCUACGACAGCAGAGAGAUGCGACCAAUCAGUGAGAGGUUCUUUGUGCGGCUGAAUAAGCAGGGGGUUCCUAAGUCACCAGAGAAAACAGAAAAGCAGUGUACACUCUUUGUUGAUUUGGGCAGUAGCGAUCUCCGCAAAGAUGUAUAUGUUGUAGCUCAUAUUUUUAGAAUAGGGCGAAUGGUCGCUGGGGAGAAGAAGAGUGUGUCUAACACUCAGUACAGGCGUCCAUUUGGCUGCACCGUGAUCAGCGUGUCUGAUCUGCUGACGGCCGACUGCAAGGAUGACCACCUGCUCAAAGUUUACUCAUGCAACACUGAAAGCGAAUGGUAUCAAAUACACGACAACAUCAUCCGCAAAGUCAGCUCCAGAUACAGUCAGAUUGGCUCCAGCACAGGACUUGCUGUUUCACUGCAGCUGUUACAUGGGAACCUGGAGCAGAUCCAAAAGGACUACAUGCGCCUCUUUACCCGCAAUGUCUCCAUCACCCGGAGACUUGGCUUCUCUGAUAUCAUCAUGCCAGGUGAAGUGAGGAAUGAUCUGUAUGUGACACUGGAGAGAGGCGAGUUUGAGAAAGGAGGGAAGAGUGUGGCGAGAAAUGUGGAGGUCACUGUGUAUCUGCUGGGAGGAGAUGGCCAAGUACUAAAGGGUCUGGUGUGCUCAGGUUCAGGUGAGCUGGGGGCGGACGAGUUUCACUCGUUUGUUCUAUAUCACAGUAACAGCCCGCGCUGGUCAGAGCAGAUUAAGCUGACCGUUCCUCCGGAGCUCUUCAGGGUCACACACCUGCGCUUCGAGUUCAGACACUGCUCCACAAAGGAGAAAGGAGAGAAGAAGCUGUUUGGUUACUCUUUUGUUCCACUGAUGCAAGAGGAUGGGAGAACACUGCCUGAUGGAACUCAUGAGCUCAUCGUCCACAAGUGUGAAGAAACGGCGAACCUGCAGGACUGCUCUCGCUACCUCAAGCUUCCCUUCUCUAAAGCCAGCCUGCAGCCUGGUAACAACCAGACCAUGAAGAACAGCAAAGAGUCUUUCUGGAUCCUUUCCCUGCUGUGCUCCACCAAACUCACCCAGAACGGUGACAUGCUGGAUUUGCUGAAAUGGAGAACCCACCCAGAACGGAUCAUGGACUCCCUGACCAAGCUGAAGGACAUAGAUGGUUCUGAGAUAGUUAAGUUUUUGCAGGACACGCUGGACACCCUGUUUGCUGUUUUAGACGACAGUCCGCAGAGAUACGGACUAAAGGUGUUUGACUGCCUGGUGCAUGUCAUCAAUUUACUGCAGGACAGUAAAUUCCAGCACUUCAAGCCUGUCAUGGACAACUACAUAGAGAAUCACUUUGCAGGUGCCCUGUCAUACCGGGACCUGAUUCGAGUGUUGAAGUGGUACGUGGAUCGGAUCAUCGAUGCUGAGCACCAGGAGCAGAUCCAGCAGGUUCUUAAGGCUGCAGAGUACCUGUUUAAGUACAUCGUGCAGUCACGCAUGCUGUAUGCUGCAGCCACAGCGGCGCAGGCAGAGGAGGAGUUCCGCUGUUCUGUUCACGAACUCUUCAAAUCAAUCCACCUGUUCCUCUCCCACCAGAGCAAAGGAAUCAGCCCCGUCACACACACGCAGGCUGUAUUUCUGAGGUCUUUCCCUACUGUGUGUUGUGAGCUGUUGAAAGUGUUUAAUGUGCGGGAGGUGGCGAACCUGGCCCGAGACACACUCAGCAGCCUGCCUGCAAACACGCACACAGAGUGCCCCCUGCAGGCCGUCAAGCUGCAGUGCAUGGCCAAGACUGUGGAGAGCCCACUCUACACCAACGCAGAGUCGCGGUGUGUGUUGCUGCCUGUGGUUCUCCAUCUUCUCCGCACAUACCUGCAGGAGCAGAAGGAGCUGGUUCUUUGUGCUAAUAUCCUUACCAGCAUGCUGUCUCUGGUCCACAAAGACCCCAACACAGACUGUGUUGUGUCUGAGGAAGUGAAUGUAAUCAUGGACAGUCUGUCUGGAGUAUUACUGAGGACUAUACUGGAGGUCACUAAUCGACCCCAGCCAGCAGCCACCUCACUGCGUCUGCAGUAUCAGGACGUCACCGGUGAAUUCGUGGCCUGUUUGCUCACUCUGCUGAGGCAGUUGAGUGAUAAGGACUACCAGCAGCUCCUGAGCCGCUUCCCCAGUAAAGAUGAGCUGGCGAAUUUUCUCCUGCAGCUGUUCACUGUCUUUAGAAUUCUCAUCCGGCCAGACAUGUUCCCUAAAGACUGGACAGUCAUGAGAUUGGUCACUAAUAAUGUGAUCAUCACCACGGUGCUCUAUCUUUCUGACACGCUGCGCAACAACUUCCUUAAUGAGAAAUUUGACUUCAAGGUGUGGGAGUCCUAUUUUUAUCUUUCGAUAAUAUUCAUUAUUCAGCCGUGCCUCCAGCUUGAGAUGUUCCCUCCGUCCAAAAGGAAGAAAGUGCUGGAAAAAUAUGGAGACAUGCGGGUGAUGAUCGGCUGUGAGAUCUUCAGCAUGUGGCAGAAUCUGGGGGAUUAUAAAGUGAAUCUGAUCCCUUCACUGAUUGGUCCAUUCCUGGAGGUCACUCUUGUGCCUCAGCCAGACCUGAGGAACGUCCUCAUCCCUGUCUUCCAUGACAUGAUGGACAGUGAGGAACGCCGCAGUGGCAACUUCAAACAGGUGGAGGCAAAGCUGAUUGACAAACUGGAGAGCCUGAUGUCAGAGGGCAAAGGAGACGAGACCUACAAAGAGCUCUUCAACAACAUAAUUCCUCUGUUUGGCCCAUACCCAAGCCUGCUGAAGAAGAUUGAGAGAGAAACCUGGAGAGAGAGUGGAGUCUCUCAUAUCGCCACUGUCACACGCCUUAUGGAGAGACUGUUGGAUUACAGGGAUUGUAUGAAGAUUGGAGAGGUCGAUGGGAAAAAAAUUGGCUGUACUGUUAAUCUACUGAACUUCUACAAGACGGAGCUGAAUAAAGAGGAGAUGUACAUUCGCUACAUCCACAAACUCUAUGAGCUCCACUUGAAGGCCCAGAAUUUUACAGAGGCUGCCUACACUCUGCUGCUGUAUGAUGAGCUGCUGGAGUGGACGGAGCGUCCACUGAGGGAGUUUCUGACCUACCCCAUGCAGAGCGAGUGGCAGAGGAAAGAGUGUCUGCAUCUCACCAUCAUCCACAACUUCGACAGAGGCAAAUGCUGGGAGAACUGUAUCAUACUGUGUCGAGAGCUGGCUAAUCAGUAUGAGACUUACUACGACUACAGGAACCUCAGUAAAAUGAGACUGAUGGAGGCGUCUCUCUAUGAUAAGAUAAUGAACCAGCAGAGGCUCGAGCCGGAGUUCUUUCGAAUUGGCUUCUAUGGCAAAAAGUUCCCCUUCUUCUUACGGAAUAAGGAGUUUGUGUGUCGGGGGAAUGAUUAUGAGCGGCUGGAGGCAUUUCAGCAGAGGAUGCUGAGUGAGUUCCCUCAUGCCAUCGCCAUGCAGCACGCCAACCAGCCGGAUCAGACCAUACUGCAGGCCGAGGCGCAGUACUUGCAGAUCUACGCGGUCAGUCCUGUCCCUGACAACCAGGAUGUCCUGCAGAGGGACGGUGUGCCUAACAACAUUAAAAGCUUCUACAAAGUUAAUCACAUCUGGAGGUUCCGCUACGACAGACCCUUCCACAAGGGCACCAAGGACAAAGAGAACGAGUUCAAGAGUCUGUGGGUGGAGAGGACUACACUGAGCUUGGCUCAGAGUCUCCCAGGAAUCUCUCGCUGGUUCGAGGUGGAGAAACGGGAGCUGGUGGAGAUGAGUCCUCUGGAGAACGCCAGUGAGGUGAUAGAAAAUAAGACUCUGCAGCUGCGCACCCUGAUCGCUCAGUGCCAGAUGCGGCAGAUGCAGAACAUCAACCCACUCACCAUGUGCCUGAAUGGAGUCAUCGACGCCGCGGUGAACGGAGGACUCGCUCGCUACCAGGAGGCUUUCUUUGCGAAAGAUUACAUUUCCAGUCACCCUGAGGAUGGAGAUAAGAUCACACGUCUCCGUGAGCUCAUGUUUGAGCAGGCACAUAUUCUGGAGUACGGCUUGGCUGUGCACGAGAAGUUUGUUCCGCAAGAUAUGCGUCCACUGCACAAAAAGCUUGUUGACCAGUUUCAUGUGAUGCGAUCCAGUCUGGGCAUACAGUCGCAGGAGUUUCCUGCAUAUGUGCGUGUCAGUCCACUGCAUUUUGCCAAUGGCAGUCCUCGCACCUGCAGGACCCCCGUCCCAAACGCGAUCAGUCCAGAAGGAGGCCGAAUAGUGGCGAGACGCAGCCCCCUCAGUUACCCGGCUGUCAAUCGCUACUCCUCCUCCUCACUGUCAUCACAAGCCUCCAACGACGUCAGCAACAUCACCGGCCAAUCAGAGAGCUCGGAUGAAGUCUUUAACAUGCAGCCGAGUCCAUCUACCUCAAGCCUCAGCUCCAACCACUCCGGUUCUCACAAUGUGACCAGCUCAGCGCCCUCAAGCAAUAGAGAUUCUCUUCCAUCGUCAUCUCCGCUGCCAUCAGACAAACAUAAGCACAGCAGAGAGAAUGCGUGCCUGUCCCCCAGAGACAGACUGUGCAGUGGCAUGUUUCCCAGCCCGCUGGACCCUACGCAGAGGAUGAUGCCAUUCCAGAUCGACACUAGUCUGCCACGACCUGAAGCCAAUCUCCCCAGCACAGAGACAGGCAAGAAUAUAAGGUCUCUGUCUCCCAUGCCAACUGCAAGAUCUCCUCAAAAGACCACGGCUCCUCCCUUGACCCCGUCCCCCACUGACUGCUUGCCUGUGGGCAGUCUGGCAUCCCACUCUCCAGCCCGCUCCGGCAGCUACAGCAGUGGGAUCUCCUCGCUGAGCCGCUGCAGCGUGUCUGAAACCUGCGGGAUUGAGCUGCCCCCGGCUGAGCCACCCCUGCCUCCUGCUACCCCAUUAGAUAACCCUGUCCGCCGAGGCAGUAAAACCCCACCUCCGUACAGCGUCUAUGAACGGAACAACCCUCGGCGGGCCACGCCCCUCCCCCACAGCCUUUCAGUCCCUCCCAGCGCGGACAACCCGAACCUGCCCACCAAACCGCAGCUUAGCCGCACGCAGAGGAUCCACUCAGAGCCCAGACACAGACUGACCCCCAGGAAAGUGUCCCAGCUUUAGGCUUUGGGUGAAUUAAAGGGCAACAGACACCACAGAAGCAGCAGUAGAAUUCCACAAAACCUAUAAACUCUUACCAUGGGUUAUUUGACGGAAAGCAGGAUUACUUUUUAUAGAUGCAGUUUUAUUUUUUUCUAUUACCUAAAACGGAAUAUAACUGUUUCUAUUGUAGUGGCAGUCUUCUUGUGGGCAUGUGUUAAAAGAAAAGGCCUUUUAGCUUUUAUGUUUGCAGAUGUACUGCUGUGUGUGUGUGUGUGUGUUUUUUUUUUUGUUUGUUUGUUUUUUUUUUUUUUAACCAUUAUCACUGCUUUUGGUGGAUGGCUUUUUACGCCAUUGUUUUGGGUCUGGUUCAAUUCAAAUUCAGUAAAUGUAUCGUGAUCAGUAAUUGCAGCUGAAAUUGAAUUGACUCAGGGCUUUAAAUUUUGGCAUAUUUUCCAUUAAUAUAUAUACUUGGCUGAUGAUACCGACGUACAAGAAUAGCCAUGAAGAGAUUAGAAUUAUAAUCUUAAAAGGGCAUAUAGUUUACAGUUAAAUCUUUAGAUCUGGCAGGUCCACAUCCCACGUAGAGCAACGUUCCGAGGCAUAUUGCUAGCAAGGUAUUUUUGAUAGAUGUACAAAUCCCAUAUCUGUACAUAUUCACCAAACACGACGGCACAGUUUUUAGGCCUUACAUGGACAAAGAUGUGCAGCUAGACCUGCAACUUUUGUUUUAACUGCUUUGUACUUUCUGGAAUGGCUGAAAGGUGCUACAUAUUUCUUAGUGUUUCUUUCUAAUGUAGCCUUGUAUCUGCCGAACCUGCCUGACCGUUAAUUGUGCCAUGUAAUGAAAUUGUGUGGUCUCCAAGUAUUGUGCCAAAGAUACAAGCGGUAUUAACAUUUCUGUGGGUGAGAGUAGUUAGGGAAGCUUAACUCGCGUAAGCGUGAAUGCUUGUGCUUGACAAUGUGCUUUUUAUACAGUGUGCUGAGGCAUAGACUAAGAUAGCAUGAGGCAUGUACAGCAUCAAGCAAUAUAACCAGUGUAGUUUCCUCAAGAGUGAUGUUCGUAGCACAAAAAGGCCCUCCAGGUUUAAGGCAAGGUCUCCUCAGAUGGGCUUCUUUUCCCAUUUCAGAGAUGUCAAAUGCUGUAUACUGUACUGCUCACUUCUCAGAAUUAGGUAAACCUGUCAUACAAAUUCAAUGACCAAUGUGGAGAAGUCAGCUUUUUUGGUAGAAACAAUAUAGAAAGCGUAGCCUCAUGCUAAGCUAAGUGUAGAGCUGUCUUGGUUUGUACUUUCAGGUUGGCAUGCACAAAACUGUUUCUGUACAUUUAAAUCAGUUUUGACUGCCAAAAACACCUCAGUUUGGGGCCAUGCAUGGCAAACACAAAAUUUAAAGAAUACUGUAAUUGUUUUUUUAUUUAUAACUGUGAUUUUCUUAAAGAAUGUAUAUUCAUUGUUGAGACAGGUUUUAGUUUUUUGUUUUUUUAUCAAAUGUGUGUAUCUGGUCAUCAUUUUUUUUUCCUUAAUCAUUUUUUCUUAACACAGGACAUUCCUAAUAGAUCUUUAUCAAUAACUGACAUUCCUACCAAAAGAUAUACUAACAUUUACUGGUUUUAAAGUGUCCCCAAGUGAGUUUGCAUUGUUUGGAAAGGGAGCAAUUAUUUCUAAAAUAUAUAACUUGUCAUGAUACAGCAAAAAAAAACAAAUUAGAAAUAACUAAUAGCUGUUUCACUGCCGACCUGCAAAAUCAGAUCUUUGCACAGGUUUGAAUUAAAUAUUUCUUGCUAUUGUUUAGCAUAGAGCUUUUUCUACUUACUGAAAGGGUUGUACGUUGAUACCUCAGUUUCUAAAUAUGUGGUAAAUGAAUAGUUGCUACUGCUACUAACUAUAGUGUUAUUGGUGAAGACAUGCUAAUCUUUCUACCCAUUAAGAGAAAAGAAAUCCAGAAAAAGAAAUCUCUACAGUAACACAUUUAACAAUUUAAUAUACAUCAAAUUUAACAUUUGACAUUUUUUUUAUGUUUUAACAAAGAGACUUUUAAUCUGCUUUUUAGUAGACAUAGCUAGCUGAUCCUGCAGAGAACUUGAAAAUUGAUCUGUUUUACCUUGUUAGUUUCUGUCCUUGGCCAUAUUAAGCAUGAUUCCUCAGAUCAUAUCAUUUAAAAGACAAAAUUCAUGUUUACUGUUAUCUUCCAAAUGUAAAGACUUAAACCUCUUCUGAUUUUUGAUGACAUCACCAUGCACCAGUGGACGGGGCAAAAUAAUAUUAACCAGUAAUAUCAUGUCCACCACCCCCACCAGACUUGCUUGUUGAGAGCAAAAGCUCUGCCAGCAGAGACCCUGAUCCCGUGUUUCACUCGCAAAUAUAUUCACUUCGACUUUAAAUCCUUUAUUCUAGGCUUGGAACACUAAAUAGUGAUGGUAUCUGAAUUGAGUCUGGGUAAGUAGAAAAAUAGAUGAAGUAGUAGCUUGUUGAACAUAUUCAUUCAGUGAAUAUAAAUUCUAAAUACUAAUAUUAUCUGAAGUUGCACCAUAAAGAACACUAUCCUAAAUUAGCUAAUGUAGGCCUUUGCAUAGUUUGAAAUUGUUUCACAUCAUGGAAAGUUUUCUGAAAUGUGUUGUGAAUAAGCACAGUUUUAAAUCUUGAUAAAGAAAGCGUGAGAGUAUUUGAACUUCGAACCCCAGUAGAAGUAACUCAGAUGAACUCGGGCUUGAGAACUAAUGAAUUUGUAAAUGGUGGCCAUUAGUAACUCGCUUGUGUGAACUAUUUUAUUAACAGUGUUGCAGUUGUGUUCACAUACGCCUAUGCCAUAAAAGUUGCUCAUUUUAGGCAAUCACAUUUUAUAAUGUUUAAUGGAUUGCCUAGUGAACAGUUUUAGAAAGCCAACUAGAAUUCUUGUAAUAUUUCUCCCACUUUGUCUCACCUUUUGUAUAGAUUAGGUUUGACUUUUUUUGUUUUGUUUUUUUGUUCAAUUUUUUGAACCUGUAAAGUUGUACUUUAUAUCAUACAAUGGGAUGAAAGUAUUCCAUAUAGCCUGUGUUACAGAUUUUGUACAAACUGUGUUUAUAUGAAAAAUGUAACCAGUUCAUAGCUUUGAAUGUUGCAAUGAAAAUUUUUAUUUGUAAAUGUUGAAUAUUAGCCAUUAAUGAAUAAAGAUUGGUUGAUGUA